UUUGCUUCGUGCAUAUUCCUGGGUUUCAACUCCUUACUUGUCUCGGAGUCGGAAAAGCACUAGAUAUGGCGGAAUCAGCGACUCUUUUCAAACCUCCGCCGUUGGAUCCCACCAAGGCGCCCGUUGAGAAUGUGUUAGAGCUGACACCGGUGAUUGACGUGGGGAAAGAUGUUUUCACCAAUACGCGACCCCUUUGGCAUCCGCCUGGUGCGCGAGGCAUCUACGGCGGUGCUGCCAUCGCCCAGUCUCUCGCCGCUGCGCUACGAACUGUUCCCGCCGAUUUUGCCGUCCAUAGCAUGCACUGUUACUUCCUCCUCGCCGGUGACUCCGAAAUCCCUAUACUGUACCACGUGGAACGAGUACGUGAUGGAAGGAGCUAUAUCACGCGGACGGUACAGGCCAAACAGCGCGGUCGCCCCAUCUUCACCACAACACUGAGUUUCAACAAGGCCAACAGUGGCGGCAAGAAGAAGCUCGAGCAUGCAUCUUCGAUGCCAGCUGUCACUUUGCCAGAGGAGCCUGGACCGGGGUCUAAAAGGAGGUUCGAGGAAUCGGGCGGUGGGCCAUUUGAAUCACAGAAAGCGGGGGUUAUAGAUCGAAACCGUCCUCCUCAGGAGAGGAAAACGAGACGAUUCAUGCGGUCACGGGGCAAGAUUUCCGAUGCGGGUGGUCAUCAGGCUCAUCUUUCCGCCCUUGCAUAUAUGACCGACAGUUAUUUCAUUGGCACUGUGUCCAGGGUUCACAACAUUCCUCGGUUCUCUUCCCCAGAGGAACUCAAGAAGGCACUAAAUGCGCUCAAGAACCCGUCUGACCUAGAUGAUGAGGAUAUUGCGCGCGCUCUCAAGGAGCUGAAGGAAGAAGAAACGGCAGAUUUACGCCGUCGCUUGGAGGGCGCUUUGCACAGAGUAACUAACCAGCCACCCCAGGAACAUAAGGAAGUGGGCAUGAUGGUCAGUCUUGAUCACUCGAUCCACUUCCAUAACCCUUGGGCAUUCCGGGCAGACGAAUGGAUGCUUACAGAAAUGGAGAGUCCUUGGGCCGGUGAGGGACGAGGUUUGGUUCUGCAGAAAAUCUGGUCAAAGGAUGGAACAUUGAUCGCUACAUGCACCCAAGAGGGAGUCGUGCGCCUCAAACAAGACGAGCCACCUCGGUCUAAGCUUUGACGACGAGGACACAUGCCGUUGACGUCCAGUCGUAGUAGAUAUACCCGUAUUUGUGUAUUCUGGAGUAAAUUAUGUUAGAUAGUAUAGAUCUGGUUAAUAGUACAUAGUAUAGUCUGCAACGAACCGAUCAUAUUCC